CGGGGCGGGGCGUGGCCGCAGUGUCCGGUCUUCCUGCAGCGCUCUGGCCACUCCCUCUAGCGUCCAGUCUGCGGGCCAUGGCGGCGCUGCUUUGCAGACGGUCACUCCCUCGGACGUGGCUCUGCAGGAGAGCUGGGCAGGGCUGUGGCCGGCACUACCGCGCCGCGCUUUGCGCCGAGCUGAAGCAGCCUCUGGCCAUAGAAGAGGUGGCCCGCCGCCCUGUCCGACCUCACGAGGUCAGAGUUGAGGUCCAUUUCUGUGGAGUCAACUUUGCUGACAUUUUGGUCUGUCGUGGCCAAUAUCAGGAGAAGCCCCCUCUUCCCUUCACACCUGGAAUGGAGUUCUCCGGGACAGUACUGGAGACAGGCGCGGAUGUCAGCUCAGUGAAAGAGGGAGAUCGAGUCAUUGGUGUGAGUGGCUUUAAUGGGAUGGCUGAAGAAUGCAUCGUUGACCAGAAGACCUUGUGGCGGGUUCCAGAAAAGGUCUCCCUGCAAGAAGCUGCUGUCCUACCUGUGUCUUAUGGCACUGCUAUUUUGGCUCUAGAGCAUCGGGCCCAUACCCAGCCUGGAGAAACUGUUUUAGUAACUGCAGCAGCUGGAGCCACGGGCCUUGCAGUGAUAGAUGUGGCAACAAAUGUUCUUCAGGCCAAGGUAAUCGCUGCGGCCGGAAGCGAUGACAAGUGCAAGCUGGCAGUGCAGAGGGGCGCGCAGAGCAGCGUGAACUACAGCCAGGGCAGCCUGAAGGAGGCAGUGAGGCGGCUGGCGGGCAGCCGUGGGGUGGACGUGGCCAUUGACAUGGUGGGAGGAGAGGUCUUCCUGGAGGCCCUCCGCAGCCUGGCGUGGGAGGGCAGGAUCGUGGUGCUGGGAUUUGCUGGAGGAAACAUCGCCUCUGUGCCAGCUAACCUGCUGCUCCUGAAGAACAUCUCUGCCAUGGGCCUGAACUGGGGUCGGUACCAAGACCAGGACUUCCCCGUCUUCUCCAGGAUCCUGUCCUCGGCCCUCCAGUCCUGCCAGCAAGGGCGCAUCCGACCGUAUGUGGGGUCGGUGUUUAAGCUGGAGGAGGUCAAUGAUGCCUUCCUUCACGUGAUACAGCGCAAAUCCACGGGCAAGAUCCUCCCUUCCGUCCUAAUCGACUCCUCUGCUGUUUCCUCAGUCUUCUCACUGGCUUCCUACCUUUGAACUACCCUGUCCUCUGCGUCUGCGUCAUGCAUUGCUCCAUGGUGGUCUUCCUGAUGCAUGGUUCUACGUCUUGCCUCAGGAAACCUGCAGUGGCUCACUGUGGCUUGCACGGUGCAGUUCAGAGCCCUGGAACCAGCAUUGGACUAUGGCCGUGAUUUUGCCGUCUCUGUUUUCCAGCCCAUGUCUGUAGUUCCUCAGUCCCUGAUCUUGCCCCUUCUCUCCUUCACUCUGUCAAACACUGGCCGUCCUGAUCCCUGACCCCUGAGGCCUCCUGUGCCCCUUUCCUCUUCCUCUGCUGCCUUCCAGUAGCUUCUCCUGCAGGAUCCUGUUACAUCCUGACUGUCAUAGGGUGUGGCCUGGGUAAGGGCCAAGAAGCGGGUCUGAAUCCACUGUGGAGGUAUUACAUUCAUUUUUCUCAGUGCAGAGGGGCUAUUCCAUACAAUGUCUACCUCCCAGAGCUACUGUGGGCAACACCGGCAGGGAUAGGGGAGUGCACCUGGUAGGUAGUAAGGGAUUAGCAAAAUGAAAAUAAUCAGCAGAUUACUUAAUUUCUUUCUUUCCUCCUUUCCCAGUAAAUUGUAAGCUCCUUGAGAACAAGUAUCAUGUCUGAUUCACUUUUUUUUUUUUGACUUCUCGCACCAUCUCCCAUAAUGACUGAACCUGGGUAAAUGUGAAAUACUUUGAACUGAAUUUGAAUGACCUGAAGCUCUUAAAUCAUAGGAUUAAAUUAAAAACAUGUUGCUCUGGAGACAACCCAAAUGUCCAUCAGUUGGUGAAUGGAUAAGUAAAAUAUAGUAUGGACAUACUGUGGAAUAUUAUUCAGCCUUAAAAAAGAACAAGACUUGGAUACUUGCUACCACGUAGAUGAAUCUUGAGAAUGUUACAUGUGAAAUAAGCCAGAAAUAAAUAGACAAAUACUCUGUGAUUCCACUUAUAUGAGAACCUAGUGGAGUCAGUUUGGCAGACAGGAAGUAAAACGGUGGUUGCCAGUAGGAGGGGAAAAAUGGGGAGUUACUGAAUGGAUAUAGUUUUGGAGUGGGAAGGGGAAGAGGUUUUGGAGGUUGAUGGUGGUGACGGUGGCAUGACAGUGGGAAUGCACUCAGUGCCGGGGAACUAUACAUGUAAAAAUGCUUAAAAUGGAAAAAAAAAGGUUAAAAUAAAUAAUGUAAAAUUAA